CCCACCUGCCCCGCCCCAGCUGUCCAUGCAACAGCAUCUGGACUCCCUGUUCGACAACCACUCCUGGGUGCUGAUGACCCGGAACUCCAGCCCACCCUGGCCUGAGGAGCUCGACCCCCAGCACCUGUGGUGGGAAUGGUACCACUCGAGGUUCACCAUCUUUGGGACCCUUGCCUUCUUCCUGGUUAUGAAGUUCUGGAUGCUGAUUCUGGCCACCACCAUCCCCAUGCCUGCUGGGUACUUCAUGCCCGUCUUCGUCUUUGGAGCUGCCAUCGGGCGCCUCUUGGGAGAGGCUCUUGCUGUCACCUUCCCUGAGGGCAUCGUGACUGGAGGGAUCACCAAUCCCAUCAUGCCCGGAGGGUAUGCCCUGGCAGGGGCUGCGGCCUUCUCAGGGGCUGUGACCCACACCAUCUCCACGGCCCUGCUGGCCUUCGAGCUGACUGGCCAGAUAGUGCAUGCGCUGCCCGUGCUGAUGGCGGUGCUGGCAGCCAACGCCAUUGCACAGAGCUGCCAGCCCUCCCUCUAUGAAGGCACCAUCCUCAUUAAGAAGCUGCCAUACCUGCCACGGAUCCUCGGCCGCGACAUUGGCUCCCACUGCGUGAGGGUGGAGCACUUCAUGAACCGCAGAAUCACCAUGCUGGCCAAGGACAUGCCACUAGAGGAGGUGGUCAAGGUCGUGACCUCCACAGACGUAGCCGAGUAUCCCCUGGUGGAGAGCACAGAGUCCCAGAUCCUGGUGGGCAUCGUGCGAAGGCCCCAGCUGGUGCAGGCCCUCCAGGUUGAGCCUUCUUCCUGGGCUCCGGGACAUCAGGUGGGUACUCUUGAGGGACGUGGGGAUGGGGUGGGGGUCGGCCAGCAGGGCUGGGAGGGGAUGGGCCUGCUGAUCUCCUGA